AUGUGCUAUCUUCCUCUACCUCUACACCUCUACGAGGACUGGGACGACGAAGACGACCUAGCCUACAAAACCAUUCUCGCUAACCUGGUCAACGGAGAGCUGACCCCGUCCGAAGCGGCCCACCAACUCGACAUUGUCUUCACCCAGGAGUUCACCGCGUCUUACAAUCGCAUUCGCAACCAACAAACCCCUUCCAACUCACCCCCGAGGAAGUCGCCAGUGGCGUUACCAACAUCCGCGAGGUCGCAGGAUGGCCCGAUGGCGCUACGUGCGAUGCCAUUGCAUCAUGUUAUGUAUCUGGGGCUGGAAAUGCUUCCGAGCCAUUCGAGAAGUUCCAACUGUGGCCGAUGGUUGGGAACUGGUGUGGGAUAUCAGAUGAAUUUCGACGGGAGUUACCUGGCCUGUUCUUCCUCUGCUGCGGGAUGUGUGCUGCCUCUUAAUACUAAUGUCACCUCGUCCAAAGAUUGCGCCUACCUCCACACCAAACAUGAACAACAAGACGAGGCUCACCUUACGACCGAUGAGAAGCACAUCCGUUGGCGCAACUUCCAGUCGCAAUUGCCCGGAACACGGCACUGGAUCUUGUGGACUGCGCGUCCUUCUGCGCGCUGGAGGAUAUCGUUCCGAGAGUGCGAGUAUGUGUACGCGCAGUGCAAGCGAAGGAACACUGUCACGGACCCUUUGACGGAGAUGUGGAGUAUGGAGCGGUGGACGCUGUGGAAGCAACUGUUUGCGGACAUUGUUACGGGGGAGGCUGAUCAAUUUGCCUUGGAUACUCGUCAGCUGGCGAAGUUGGCGCACGAGCGUAUGGUGGCAUGCGAGGAGGCGGACCAGGGUGAGAGAACGAAGAAGGGCCAGUGA